AUGGCCCACUGCGGCCUUUGUUGCAGGACCUCAGGCAUCCUGGAGAUAACGGCCGUGGAGGUGGGCAUCGUGGCCAUCAAGGGGCUCCUCUCGGGGCGGUACCUAGCCAUGAACAAGAGGGGACAGCUCUACGCUUCGGACACCUACAACGCGGAGUGCGAGUUCGUGGAGCGGAUCCACGAGCUGGGCUACAACACCUACGCCUCGCGGCGGUACCGCACGGCGCCCGGCGGCCCGGGGGCCCAGCGCCAGCCCAGCGCCGAGAGACUGUGGUACGUGUCCGUGAACGGCAAGGGCCGGCCCCGCAGGGGCUUCAAGACGCGUCGCACACAGAAGUCCUCCCUGUUCCUGCCCCGCGUGCUGGACCCCAGGGACCACGAGAUGGUGCGGCUGCUGCAGAACGGGCUCCCCCGG